UCCUUGAAGGCAGAUGUGGUAUGACUAAGCAUAUUUUAAAAACUGGGUUAAAUCCCCCUGUUUCCCCCUCCCAAGAAGAGUUGCUGUUCAAAAGCAGGUAGGACUUCAGGCUCCUUGCUGAUUUGGGGGUCAUUUCUCAGAGCAAUUACACAGCAGAGAAGUUACACCUGGACAUCCAUAAAGUCCAUCAUCCUACUGCGCUGAGCUUGAGUCUGAAGAAUUUCUAAAAAGAUGGCAGGGAAACCUAAACUGUACUACACUCGAGGGAGAGGAAAAAUGGAAUCUAUCCGCUGGCUACUGGCAGCAGCUGGAGUUGAGUUUGAAGAACAUUUUUUAGAAACGAGAGAAGAUUUGGAGAAGUGGCGCAGUGAUGGAUGGCUACUUUUCCAGCAAGUGCCUAUGGUGGAAAUGGAUGGGAUGAAGCUGGUGCAAACCCGAGCCAUUCUCAGCUAUAUUGCAGCAAAAUACAAUCUCUAUGGGAAGGAUUUGAAAGAGAGAGUACUGAUUGACAUGUAUGUGGAAGGAACCACUGAUCUGAUGGGAAUGAUAAUGAUGCUUCCUUUUCAGCCUGCUGAAAACAAAGAAAAGCAAAGAGCCCUGAUUAUUGAAAGAGCUACAACCAGAUAUUUUCCAGCAUACGAGAAGAUUUUGAAAGAUCAUGGACAAAAUUUUCUGGUUGGUAACCAGUUCAGUUGGGCAGAUGUUCAUCUCUUGGAAGCUAUCUUAAUGCUUGAAGAAUUCAAGUCUGAUGUUCUCACUAAAUUCCCACUGCUGCAGGCUUUCAAAACAAGAAUAAGCAACAUUCCUACAAUAAAAAAAUUCUUGCAGCCUGGAAGUCAAAGGAAACCUCCGCCGGAUGACAACCUGCUGGCACAAAUAAAAAAAAUAAUGAAUUUAUAAAGGGUUUUUUUCCAAAUACUGCAUAUUUCUACUAACAAAUGUCCCUCCCGCCGCCCCAUUAUAUUGCUGAUUUUAACUGACCCUAUUAUUAGAAAGAUAAACUAAGUACAAUUGCAAUUCUUUUUAGUUUUAUCAUCACAAUCCUUUGGAAACAGUGAAAAAAAUCAGUAAUUUAGAUGAAAAAUAUUUUUGAAGGUUUUGUAUCUAAAAUUAAUGUGUUAUAAUGCCCCCCCCAUGAUUUUAUGAUGUUAUUUCAGUUAUACCUUAAAAGAAACUCAGUGAUUCCUUACAUGUAAUGUCAUUAACUUCUGUCUCUAUAGAAAUUAUUGUAUAGUAAUAACUU